AUGAUUGACGUAAAUAAUAAAGUUAAUUCCUUUUUUAUCUUCAACUCUACUUUCGGACCAAGGGAGGGUGAAGAACUGAAAAGAAUACUUUUCUUUCAUCCAAAUCAAGUUAGUGUUGAUGCCCAAAAAAUGCAAGUAGGUUUAUGCGAAGCUGUUGUUAAAUUCAUGACAACAUUUUCAAAUGAACCAUGUGAAGCUCUACAGACGCAAUCAAAGAGGUAUAUUUUCUAUCAACCUGAGAAGAAUUUUUGGAUGGUUCUGGUAGUCAGAAUUCCAUAUGCAGCUAAAACUCCUUCUACACCAGGGGAGAGUAAGGAGGUGAUUGAGACAUCUGUUAUAUAUAACUUAUUAGUGUCAGCAUACAAAAUGUUCAGAAUGUUUGUUGGUCCCUUUAAAGACAUUCCACCUGAAGAUAUUUAUACAAAAUGUGAACAAUUCUUUACACCUUACAUCAUGUCCAGAAAUAUUGCAAAUGAUUUAAGUAAUAUUAUACAAGGUAUAAAUUAUUUGCCGCUAGAAAAGAAUUCAUUCUUUAGAGUGGUGUGUUUCAUAGACUUACUGGAAAUUACUUACCCGGAUUUUAAAUGUGUAUCUUUUGUCUACAAUGAACAGCUAAUAUGGAAUGGACUUGCAACAAACGAUAUGUUAACAUUAUAUCAAUAUUUAGUACAAACUUUACUUCCCAAACAAGUUGAGAAGGAAAUACAAGGUGGAGCCGUAACAGCUGCAGUAAGACAUGGCCGCUUUAUAAGUCCCCCGGAAGGUAUACGCACUUCGGAAGAUCUUAAAAAUCUACCUAAGGUGUACUUAAUGAGAGAAGAUGAUACUGAAAUGAAACAAUAUUAUUUAAUAAUAUAUAGAACACUUAGUGCAACAGUCUGUUUCACCAUUGAUGUCAACAAUACUCUCGACCUAGAUACAUUCAAAUCGUUAGAUGCAUUUAUUGGGCCCAAACUGUCUACAAUUGCAUCAUCUAUCAGCGAGCAAUGUGCACUUCACGCUUUACAAAAUGCACAAAUUUCAAGCUCGGAACACAAGUUUUUGUAUUUCAAUCGACUGAACCUGGCAUGUAAAACUUCAACGCCUGCAUCACUCACGCCAUCUACAGCAGUUAAACCAGAAGUUUUAAGUAUUAUAGCUGGUAUACAUGCUGAUAGAAAAAGUCUCGGGAAUUACGGUGAGAUUAUAAUAAAAACUCCCGACGAAUACUGGAUCACGGGAAAAAGUUCCAAUGAUAGAGAAUUUUAUGUUAUAAUACAAGAAAAAAAUGCUAACUUAAAAGAUAUUGCAGAUGAGGUGAAAAGAGUAUGCGAAGAGCAAAUGAAAGGCAUUUUCUUCUAUCCUAUUUAA